AGAUUAGAAGGUUUUAUCCAAAACACGUGCAACAGCUGUGUACAACGUGUGUGUACAUUUGUGUCUGUGUACAACAGUGUCAAGUGCAGUGUGCUGUCUGCUUGGAAAGAAAGGGCCGAGAAAAACUUUGUAAAUUCAUUUAGAAAACAAGAAUGGAAGAAGUUGAGAACAAUGUAGAUUCAGAAGGCUACCGGAUGGAGGAACAGGAUGAAGAUGAUAUGUGGGACGAUGAUGAAGAUGAAGAAGAUGUCGUCCAAGAAUCUGCUCCAGUGAAGUGCUUUUUCUGUGAAGAAAUCUUCUCAUCUCCUAGUACCGUUUUGACUCACUGUAGGGAAAGCCAUAGUUUCAAUCUUGUUCAGAUUUCAACGCAUACAGAUCUUGACUGCAUAGGUUUCAUCAAACUGAUCAAUUACAUCAGAUCCACUAAAACAACUGGGGCAGCCAUUCUGGAGUCUGUUCACAAACCAGAAGUGCCGUGGGCAGAUGACUGCUAUAUGAAACCAGUUGAUAUGGAAGAUCCAAUGCUUCAGUUUGAUAUAGAGUCCUAUCUGGAAGACCAGAGUAACAGGUUAGAUGUGGGAGCUACCUCAAAGGAUGGCAUCUCAGAAUCCAAUGAAACAGUCACUAUUCCUGCCAAGGAACUGGUAGAAUUAAGGAGAAAAGUCCGCUGCCUUGAAGAGCGACUUGGGCUGACUGAGGAAGCUUUGGAGCGUGCUAUGCAGGAUAUGACAUCAGCAAGAGAAUUUGCACAUGGUCUCAUCGCAUCAGCCGCAGAUUCGCCCAGCAGUAAUAGCAAAGGGAAACAGAAUGCAUCAGUUGGGCAGAGAUUGACCGAAGAAGAGGACGAGGCUUACUUUGAUUCCUACGGGCACUAUGGUAUCCAUGAAGAGAUGCUCAAGGAUAAAGUCAGGACACAGGCUUACAUGGAUUUCAUCUAUGAUAAUCAGUACAUCUUCAAGGAUAAGGUGGUAUUAGAUGUUGGAUGUGGGACUGGAAUUCUAUCUAUGUUUGCUGCUAAGGCUGGUGCAAGGAAGGUCAUUGCUGUUGAUCAAUCGGAUAUUGUCUACCAAGCCAUGGACAUUGUCAGGCAGAAUGGUUUGGAUGGUAUCAUUACUCUCAAGAAAGGAAGGUUAGAAGAUUUGGUUCUGCCCGUGGAAAAGGUUGAUGUCAUCAUAUCUGAGUGGAUGGGUUAUUUCCUUCUCUUUGAGUCUAUGUUAGAUACAGUCCUCUACGCUAGGUCCAAGCACUUAAAGGAGGGAGGAAUGGUGUACCCUGAUCUGUGUACACUGAGUCUGGUAGCAGUGAGUGAUCAGAAGGGUUUCGGCUCACGCCUUGCGUUCUGGGACGACGUCUACGGCUUCAAGAUGUCAUGCAUGAAGUCCUGUGUCUUGGAAGAGAGUUCGGUAGACUAUGUUGAUCCAGACACAGUCAUGACAAAGCCAUGUAUGAUCAAAUGCUUGGAUAUUUCCACAGUUCAAGUCCGGGAUUUAGAUUUCAUUACAGAUUUUCAGAUGGAAGUACUCUGUGAUGGGCUGUGCACAGGUCUGGUUGGAUUCUUCGAUGUCAUCUUUGAAAAGAAUUGUCACAAGGCGGUGAUGUUCUCUACUAGUCCUUCAGCUCCUAAAACUCACUGGAAACAGACCAUCUUUCCUUUGAGGAAGCCAUUCCACUUGAAGAAGGGUGAUACCCUCUCUGGCAAAAUCUCGUGCAAGAAAGACACGAAGGAGAUGCGAUCCCUGGUGGUAACCAUUACUAUUGAGAAUGAGACUCUCACAUACCAUGUGAGAUAGUACAUGAAGCCCAAGAUGAUCUGUGCACUAGCAGGAGAUGAGAAGAUCCCAUGUUCAGCAUUUCCAAGACAAAGCAAGGCAUCUGAGAGUGUCUGUGUGUCUUUACAGUUGUUCUUGAUAAGGAAUUGACUCUGAUAUGCUGCAUCAGAUAAAUGGGAGGCUUUGUCAAAGAUAUUUGUUAUGUCUUGUAUCCUCAAGAUGGCAUACUACCGUUGCUGAAGGUUAUUAAUCACAUGUGCAUAUAUACAGUCACAAUACAUAGCAUACUGUAUGAUACCUGAUAAAAACAGCUCUUCUUAAUUUGCAUUUCAUUGAAGUUGUCUAUCAAAGAAUAAGACACUUAACAGAAUAAACAUAAAUCAUGAUAGUGUUUUUAAAAUGCAAUAUUUUGAGUAGUACAUUGCAAAUUUUCAUGAUAAAGAAAUCUAUAAGCAAUCAAAUUGAA